AUGGAGGUCACCCGGAGGAAUUUUAAAGAGAGCCUGCCCACUGUGUACGAGGCUAUAGGAGAGGCAGACUUCCUGGCCAUCGAUGGAGAGUUCUCUGGCAUCAGUGACGGUCCAAAUGUGAGCGCGCUGACCAACGGACUGGACACCCCCGAGGAGCGCUACACUAAACUCAAGAAGCACUCGAUGGACUUCCUCCUCUUUCAGUUUGGCCUGUGCACGUUCAAGUACGACCAGUCAAAGUCCAAAUACAUCAUAAAGCCUUUUAACUUCUAUGUAUUCCCUAAGCCCUUCAACAGAUCUUCACCUGACAUCAAGUUUAUUUGUCAGAGUUCCAGUAUAGACUUCCUGGCGAGUCAAGGGUUCGACUUCAACAAAGUCUUCUGCAACGGAAUCCCGUACCUGAACCAGGACGAGGAGGUGCAGCUGAGGGAACAGACAGAGGAGCGGCGGAACCAGCACGCCAACGGCGUGGGCACGCCAUCCUUCAACUCUCCCUCUUCAAAGAGCCCUGCCCACGUGCCCGACGAGCACAAGGACUUCAUCAGCAAAGUGGUAAAAAAAGUGGAGGACCUCCUCACAAGCUCUGACAAGUGUGUUGACUUGGAGCCAUGCACAGGGUUCCAGAGAAAGCUCAUGUAUCAGACGUUGAACUGGAAGUUUCCAAAAGGGAUUCAUAUAGAGACUGUGGAAACAGAAAAGAAAGAACGCUUUAUCCAAGUGAGUAAAGUGGACGACGAGGAGAGGAAGAGGCGAGAGCAGAAGAAGCUGGAGAGGGAGCAGGAGGAGUUGAAUGAUGCAGUGGGCUUCUCCCGGGUGAUCCACGCUAUCUCUAAAUCUGGCAAGCUGGUGGUGGGCCACAACAUGCUGCUGGACGUCAUGCACACCAUUCACCAGUUCUACUGCCCCCUCCCCGAGGAUCUGCAGGAUUUUAAGGAGGUCACCAUGUGUGUGUUUCCCAGGCUUUUGGACACAAAGCUGAUGUCUUCAACACAGCCUUUCAAGGAGCUGAUCAACAACACGUCUCUGGCAGAGCUAGAGAAGCAGCUGAAGGAGACGCCCUUCAGAUGUCCACAAGUCGAAACUGCAGAAGGCUUCUCCAGCUACAACACGGCCCAGGAACAGCUGCACGAGGCGGGUUAUGACGCCUACAUCACCGGCCUCUGUUUCGUCUCCAUGGCCAACUAUCUGGGCACGUUCCUGACUCCUCCCAAAAGUCACAUCUGUGCUCGCUCCAAACUCAUCGAGCCCUUCUACAAUAAGCUGUUCCUCAUGAGGAUCAUUGACAUCCCCUACCUCAAUAUAACGGGACCAGACUUGCAGCCCAAGAGGGACCACGUUCUAUAUGUCACUUUCCCUAAAGAGUGGAAGACCAGUGACCUGUACCAGCUCUUCAGUGCCUUUGGAAACAUUCAGGUAUCCUGGAUUGAUGACACCUCUGCCUUUGUGUCUCUGAGCCAGACGGACCAGGUGCAGAUUGCGAUGAACACUAGCCGCUAUGCCGAGAGCUACAAGAUCCAGAAAUACGCAGACUAUGUCCAGGCCAAGCAGACCAAAGACCAGCAGGACAGGCAGAAGCAGAGGCAGCCUCCCAAGACCUGGGGAGAGGAUAGCUGGAGCAAUAAGAGCCACUACUCCUCUGCCACGACCUACACACGGAGCUUGAAGCGCAGCAUCAGCCCAACGCAGCCCGAAGGGGGGGCCGAGGUGCAGGGAUGGUCCCACUUCUCUUACGCUGACGUGGCGGGAGGAAAGAAGCCAAAGACAGAUGGCGAGAGCAACUCUGACGCAGUGGAGAGCAAGACCUCUGAAGGCUGGCUGAAGACCGCAGAGAUGUCCGAAUCCUCUGACUCCAGUCCAGAGCAGCAGGGGCAGAGCAGUCCAGAGGCGGUGGACACGGAGGGCACCGGUGCCUGGCACCAGGCCCCCGCACCACAUAAGAAGGGCCACAAGAACAAGAAGAAAAAGAACCAAGCAGCGGCCUCUUCCUCUGGGCUGUUCGAGGUGCCGGAGGUCUGGUAG